AUGGUAGGAGAUGAGGGUGAAGAUGGUGUGGUAGGAGAUGAGGGUGAAGAUGGUGUGGUAGGAGAUGAGGCUGAAGAUGUUGUGUUAGGAGAUGAGACUGAAGAUGUUGUUCAUGUGGCUAGUUCUGAGUAUUGGGAUGUAAAUGUUAUUAAUGAGGAUGGUUAUGUUUCAAAGACCCGUUUAUGUGUGAAAGACUUGGUUGCGAACUCAGAGUUUUAUGGAACAUGGAUAAUACUUGAAUGGGUUAAGAGUCAUCGUGCAGUAGGAUCAGCUGCUCGUUUGUUAGCAGAGUAUUUGGGUACACUUGUCAGAAUGUAUAAAGACUUUCCCAUGAUGUUCGAGAGCUGGAAGGCUAUUCCAAUGGAUAAAAAAAUAAAGUUUUAUGAUACGAAGAUAAAGCGCCAUUUUGUUGUUGAUGAUGCGCGUGACAAAGAUUACAUACUUGCUUCUGCUGGGAAGAAAUGGAAGGAUCGUCGACAUCACUUGUUUCAUAAAUUUUAUAAAUGGGAUCUCACUUUGGAGGAAAAUCUUAAACAUUAUCCAAAAUGCCAAGGCAUUACAGAAAACGAUUGGACCCUUUUUGUUCAAUAUAGGCGAAAAGAAAAAACACAGAGAAUAGCAACAAAAAAUACCCAAAAUAGAGGAAAAUUGAAGAUUCCGCAUACACUCGGAUCUAAGUCGCUUGCAAGGAAGCAACAUGAGUUGGAAAAAUUACAAGCUGCAAUUAAGGAUUCUGUGUCUGAAAAUGAGGCAUUUCAGAAAGUAUUUGGAAAAGAGCAUCUUGGAUAUGUUCGUAGUAUGGGACUUGGAGUUACGCCGUCUCAAAUUAAUAGAUCGACGACUUCUUUGGAAGAAAAUGAAAAAAUAAAGGAAAUGCAAGAAGAAAUUAAUGCACUUAAAGAAAAGAAUUCAAAAAUUGAUGAAUUGAUGAAGGCAGUCGCAUUCUUAAAGCAAAGGGACAAUGCUAUGACAGAGGAAAUUGAACGCUUAAGGCAAAUGCAAAAUUCUAGUGGAAGACAGAGAUUGGAAUCACCCGCUGAUGGUAGACGUUCUUCUGAGUCUAGCUACCGAAUUGCAGAUAAUGGAUCAUCAAGAAGGACAAAUUAG